UGAUCGGACGUGGACCUUUUAGAGUUCGAGCGUCAGCUGAUCAUCGUCUUUUCAUCGCUGGAAAACCGUGUCUUAUCGUACAGUUAUUGCGUCUUCGGAGGAACCCGUGUUAUUUUCUGAUAGGGAUAAUCUUCGUCGAUUUGAAAAUUGUUAGAAGGUGGGGUUGGAAAGACGGGAGAUCUUUUUUUGGCAACAGAAACCCAUCAGCGUGUGGAAUAUCGAAGUUUCUUCCGCCAGACGUCUCACCGAAGAAGCCAGUAAAUCCUCGAGACACCAGACAACCAAGGAGAAACCCUUUACUACCUCUCUCCGGUCGCUCGAGCAAGCUAACGAGAGUUAACCAGGAAGAAACUUAACCUUCCUCACAUAUAUAGGAUACGAUAUAAGAAUAACAACCGGAAAGAAAACGUAAGAAUAAUAAUUCUCUUCCAGAAAGAGAGGGAGAACGAGAGAUAAAAGGAAAAAGACAAAGAGAAAGUGGAGAUAAGUAGAGUUGUUAAGAGGAUUUAAAAUUGACCUUUCGAGGUCUUGAUCAAUUUUUGGUAUCAGUGGAAACAGAAGGGAGGAGAAGAGAGGUGGAGGAGAGGUGGUGCAGAUGAGGCCACGAUCAAUCUGCGACAGGGUGGCGGAGGAGUAUUGCGAACCUGACGGUUGUUACUGCGAAAAUCGGUGCUUCUGACAGCCGGACGGCAGGAGGGACAGACAGACGGUAGUGUGCCACAGCAGCCGCAGUGCUUGCGAAUACUCGAUGGAUGAGUUCCAUCCAUUCAUUGAGGCCCUCCUACCAUUCGUGAAGUCUUUCUCGUACACGUGGUUCAACCUACAAGCCGCCAAGAGGCGUUACUACAAGAAGCACGAGAAACGGAUGAGUCUCGAAGAGGAAAGGCAGUGCAAGGAGGAGCUCCAGAACGAGAAGUUGGAGGUGAAACAGAAAUGGGCCUCGCGGCUUCUAGGCAAGUUACGAAAGGAUAUCACGCAGGAGUACAGAGAGGACUUCGUACUGAGUAUCACGGGGAAGAGGCCAGCCAUGUGCGUUCUGAGCAAUCCUGAUCAGAAGGGUAAAAUGCGUCGCAUCGACUGCCUGCGUCAAGCUGAUAAGGUAUGGAGGUUGGACCUGGUAAUGGUGAUCCUCUUCAAGGCAAUUCCGUUGGAGUCGACGGACGGGGAACGGCUGGAGAAGACUGCGGAAUGUGCUCAGCCGGGCCUCUGCGUCAACCCCUAUCACAUCAACGUCUCCGUCCGGGAACUCGAUCUCUACCUCGCCAAUUUUAUCACCAGCCACGAGGUCCUAAACGGCAUCUGCAACGCGAGCAAGGAGGAGGAGAGGCGGCGAAAAGGUACAGGCUACCACGAACUAUAUAACGGUGUUGUCUGCAAUGACACGAUCCUAGCGACAGGUGUCUUCAGCUCCAAGGAGCUCUGGAUGCUUUCAAAAGCGUCCAUACUGCAUGACCUCAGCGACAUGCAGCCUCAAAUAAACGCGAUCAAAAUAGAGCACCCGCCGUACUACUGCAGCAGCUACACCCCUCCGUCCGCAGCCACGGCCGCGGAUCAUGCUCAGCCAGCGGCUAGCUUCAGCCCACCACCAGUACAUCAGCUCAUAAGGAACGACAAGACUGAAAAGCCCCCGACGGUGUCCGUGUCGAGUGCGCCGACAUUCUCUCCGGUGCUCAGGCCUGAGGAUGGUCACCGUGGUAUGGACUCACCGCACUCUCAGACGGGAUUGCACUCACCGCACGAAGGACUGGCCGGUGGUUCCGGUCAAAGUAUGUCCGGGCUCGCGUACUACCAGCCGGAGCACCCUGCCUCCACAGGGGUGGUGAAGUACCCCGAGAACGGUCACGAUACAUUGUCAGAUUUCGUGACGUUCGUCUGCCAGGAGGCGGAGAAUACACAGCAACUGCCCCAGGCGCAGCUAGCCGGACCCCGCACUGGCAUACAAAAGUUCUCACAGUAUUAUCCGAGUUCGAUGCUGCCGCCGCCGCCACCCGCACCGAUGGCGAGGCCGGUCGCCAUUAUAAGGUCGACAGGCGAGCUGACGGCCGCGAGCUCGAACUCGCCCCCCACCUCUUCGACCUCACCUACAGACCCAGCCGAACUGGCGCCCAAUCAGGAGCAAAUGGCCGCCGCCGCGGCGGUGGGACUGGUCAGUUCCGGUUGCCAGAGCUCCGUCGAUCCAGCCGGAAGGAAGAGCCCCGCGAGGAUCCUCGUAACAGCGCCGCACACCAGCCGGGAGUACACGUUUGCUCACUUUCACUCUCAACCUGGACAGCAAAUAUUCACGUAUCCUACCAUCAGCUCGAUGUCAGGGGUGAUCUCCCCAACGAAUCUCUCCCUAUUCUCAUCGCCAGUUUCGGUGACGAGGCCAGUAGCCACUCAGAGAUCGGUAUCUAACGUGCCACCUCGUUGGAACACGGCACCGUUCAUUAAUUUAGAGGACGAUUAUAAUAUGAUCGCACCGAUCAUCACUGGCACUGCCAGCGAGCCGCCUUCCGCCAUGGACGAAGAACGAUACUUCCACCCAGUGCACACGAGCAGCGUGGUGGACAAAAGCGGCGCUGGUAACCUAAUGGGCACAGAUCUUGGUGUAGCCACGGAUCCAACCUCUCACCAUCACCAACAACAACCUCAACAGCCUCAGCAGCAACAACAGCAGUCACAACAACAGCAACAACAAACACAACAGCAGCAACAGCAGCAGCAGCAACAAGUGAUGCAGGAUAAGAGCGGCCGACCAAAGUCUCCUCCGUGACACUGGAGGCUUAGAGCGGAAAGCGUCGAGAAGCUCGCAUGUUCCACGGGGUCGUUACUCACCGGCGCGUACGAUAAUUACUCUGAGCCGGAGGGGAAUCGCCAGGAUUCCCCGUGUCGUGUUCAGCUUCGCGACCUAAGCCUGCGGAGAAUCGAGUGCCUGAGAGUCUGAUCGUUAGUUUAAGACGGGAGCAGCGUCGAGGGAUGAUCGUGUGAGCCGCUUCCGGCGUAACAGGGCCCAUCCGCCAUUAUGGUACCGCUCCAGUAACGAGCAACCAGGGUUAGGCCCUGGCUUCGCGAUCUCUUUGCGGAGCUCGAUUUUCAACC